UCUCGUGGGUCGUAGCGCGUUCUAUCACACAUGCCUCUUUUUUCUUGUUUAUUGUGAGAAAAAAUUAUUGUUUACUUUGUAGUCAGUCCAAUCCCAUCUUUGCCGCUGUCUAUAUAAUCCCUUCUCAUGUAAUAUCCUAGUAAGCUCAUCGCUUCUGUAUCUUCAACACUGAUACAAAUCCCAAAUCAAUUCUCUCUCUGGCUCUUAGAUUCUUACCCUUUGUUCUCCGCCAAAAAUUAACCUGUUUUCAGUUGAGAAAUGGAUGUAUACGAGAGAGGUCUCAUAUCUGAAACUCCACAAAGUGAAGAAGAAAUGGACGUACGGAAAGGUCCGUGGACUGAAGAAGAGGACUCCAUGCUCAAGGCGUAUGUCAAUAUUCAUGGGGAAGGUCGCUGGAACUCUGUCGCUCGCUUAUCAGGAUUAAAAAGAACUGGCAAAAGCUGCAGAUUAAGAUGGCUGAACUACUUGCGACCAGAAGUCAGACGAGGAAACAUCAGCCUCGAAGAGCAGCUAUUGAUUCUUGAACUCCAUUCUCGCUGGGGCAACAGGUGGUCAAAAAUUGCACAACACUUGCCUGGAAGGACAGACAAUGAAAUUAAAAACUACUGGAGAACAAGAGUACAAAAGCAAGCAAAGCAGCUUAAAUGUGAUGUUAACAGCAAACAAUUCAGGGAUGCCAUGCGUUACGUUUGGAUUCCCCGUUUAAUCGAACGGAUCCGUGCUACAUCCGAGUCCCCGUCAGGUCAACCUUCCUCAUCCUCCACCACCACCUACAUGAACAGUGGCAGCAACAUAACCACCAGUCAAAUCACCUAUGCAAAUACGACCGGGUCGGUCCAGGUUGACCCAAGUCUCCUGCCCGAGUUAUCAGGCACUUCAUCGGACUCCCUGGACACCCAAGUCUCCUCCGUUUCAGACCUGACAGAUUGUUACAACCCACAAAGUGCUUCGAACAACCCGAAUAACUUACAAAACGGGUCGGGUUUAUGCGCGGAAAAUUUGGCGGGCGCAUGGCGUAGAGAUGGUGGGAUUGAUUUUCAGGCGACAGAGGAGCAGAGCAAUGGUUGGUUGGGUGGUGGGGACUCGCUGGAGAGUGUGUGGAAUGAAGAGAAUAUUUGGUUCUUACAGCAACAGCUUCAUGAUGAGGUCUAAUGAUAUGAAUUUGCUUACGUGACGUAUCAAGUUUUAUAUUCAAACAUUUUCGAGAUUCUGUUAUCUGAUCAAUAUUAAAAACAAAGCUUGUAGCAAUUCGGCUAACACCCCAAAAUUUGACAACUUUUGGAAUGUAAAUGAUUCACGCAACAAUGUCAGGAUGAUAGAGAUAUGUAAUCUUAGAGUAUUCUAAACAAUGUCAUUCGAU